AUGUUGGGUGUUAUAAGGCGGAAAGCGGCUUCAAGCGCCUCCUCGUCUGCAACGGUUUACAAGAAAUCGUUGUCAAAGCCCAAACCAACAGUAUCUACGCCACGAACAUGCGCAGCUGCUGCAGAAGAGAUCAUACCUUUCACAAGGGGUCUUGGCAAUGCUCGGUCUUUUUCUGCCAUGACUGGACGAACAAUGUCUCUGAUGCCAAAGAGGAAGUUUGUACACCCUGUUCAACAAGAUGUAAACUUGCAAAUUUGGAGCAGGCCAUUCAGUUCUGAUUCUGGUGACAUUGUUGAAGCUGUUGUCCCUUUUAUGGGUGAAUCUAUAACUGAUGGCACGUUGGCUACAUUCCUGAAAAAACCUGGGGAUAGAGUAGCAGUUGAUGAGCCGAUUGCUCAGGUUGAAACAGAUAAGGUCACCAUUGAUGUCAAUAGUCCUGAAGCUGGAGUCAUCCAGAAGUUUAUAGCGAAUGAGGGAGACACUGUAGAGCCUGGUACCAAGGUUGCUAUCAUAUCAAGAUCUGGUGAAGGUGUAACACAUGUUGCACCUUCUGAUGAAAAACCAUCUGGAAAAGCUCCUCAACCACCAUCUUCCACUGAAGAGAAAAAGGAGAAACCAGUGGCUAAAGUCGAAGCAAUCCCCAUCGUAGAGAAACCUAAAGGGACCCCUCCCCCUUCUCCAAAAACCUCAGCCACAGAACCCCAGCUGCCUCCUAAAGAAAGGGAAAGACGAGUGCCUAUGACAAGGCUUAGGAAAAGGGUUGCGACACGCUUGAAGGAUUCUCAGAACACAUUUGCGUUGCUGACAACAUUUAAUGAAGUUGACAUGACUAAUUUAAUGAAACUUCGCGCUGAUUACAAGGACACAUUUUUUGAAAAGCAUGGAGUGAAACUGGGACUGAUGUCUGGAUUCGUGAAGGCAGCCAUUAGUGCUCUACAGAAGCAGCCAAUAGUGAAUGCUGUUAUUGAUGGCGAUGACAUAAUUUACAGAGACUAUGUAGACAUUAGCAUCGCUGUUGGUACCCCUAAGGGUCUCGUUGUUCCGGUUCUCCGUAAUGCUGAGAGGAUGAAUUUUGCCGAGGUUGAGAAGGAGAUCAACACCCUUGCUAGGAAGGCCAAUGACGGCACUAUCUCCAUUGAUGAGAUGGCUGGGGGAACAUUUACCAUAUCUAAUGGUGGUGUUUACGGAAGUCUUUUGAGUACUCCAAUCAUCAAUCCUCCCCAGUCCGCUAUACUAGGAAUGCACUCAAUCGUGAACCGGCCAAUGGUGGUUGGUGGUAACGUAGUUGCGAGACCCAUGAUGUACAUUGCUUUGACUUACGACCAUCGGCUGAUUGACGGCAGAGAGGCUGUGUUCUUCUUGAGAAGGAUCAAGGACGUGGUGGAAGAUCCUCGUAGGUUGCUCUUGGAUGUCUGA